AUGAAGCGCCCGAUCUUUGAUGCAAAUUGGACUGGCAACCUGAAGCGGCAAGCUGCCGAGGAUUUGCAUGACGACGUGGCUUUCCAAGGUCAAAACACCUCAGCGCCCACAUCCUCAUGCCCAUCUCAGCUCUCCCAGAGCACAGCACUGCCCAUCAAAAACGAUAUGAGCCGGACUCUGCAGCAGCUUGGAGAGCCUGAGCCUGGUGACCCAGACGAAGCGGCCGCAAGCGAUAAGCAGGAGAAGUUCGAGGAAAAGCAAGAAGUUCAGAAUCGUGACUGCGAGGCGUGCAUUCAAUAUGACGCACAGCAGCCACCUCAAGGGCAGCCACAACAGACACGGAAGAAAGAUCUUGCUGCCGCCAGUAUUCUCGAGCUCUUAAGGAGUGGGCACUUUGUGAACAUGGCUCGGAACCUGGAGAAGGAAAUCGGCAUCCAGGAUUCCCAGUAA